AUGGUCAAGGAGACUAAGCUCUACGAUUCGUUAGGCAUAUCAAGUUCCGCGACGCAAGAUGAGAUCAAAAAAGCCUAUCGUAAAGCGGCGCUGAAAUGGCAUCCCGACAAAAACAAAGACAAUCCGUCCGCCUCCGAGAAGUUCAAAGAGGUCUCGCAAGCCUACGAAAUCCUAUCCGACCCCGAAAAGCGAAAGACAUAUGACCAGUACGGCCUCGAAUUCCUGCUGCGGGGUGGGGCUCCUCCGCCAGAGGGCGGCGCUGGCUUCGACGGCGGCAAUCCGUUUGAGGGAGCCGGCGGAGGCUUUCCCUUCACAUCGGCGGGCGGCAUGCCCGGCGGCACGCGGACAUUCCACUUCAACACUGGCGGCGGAGGCGGCGCGGGCGGCUUCAACUUCUCCAACGCCGAGAACAUAUUCGCUGAGUUUAUGCGCGGGCAAGGAGGUGGCGUGUUCGAUGAAGACGAUGGCGGCUUCGGUAGCUUCGGCAUGGGAGGCAUGCCGGGAGGACUUGGUGGAGGCUCGAAGAGGAGAGGCCCUGGUGGACCGCGAUUUGAGGGUGGGAGGAGAGCGCCGGCGCCGGAAGUUACGGUUGUGGAGAAGCCUCUACCGGUAUCGCUUGAGGAACUGUUCAAUGGCACAACAAAGAAGAUGAAGAUCAAGCGUAAGACAUACGAUCAGGCGACCGGGAAGCAGAGCACGCAGGAUCGGAUUCUCGAAGUGCCUAUCAAGAAGGGCCUGAAGGCCGGCAGCAAGAUCAAGUUUUCGGAUGUUGGCGACCAAGUCGAAGGAGGCACGCAGGACCUGCACUUCAUUGUAUCAGAGAAAGCACAUCCCCUCUUCACCCGCGAAGGCGACGACAUCAAGCACGUCAUCGACCUCGACCUCAAGGAAGCCCUGACCGGCUGGCAACGAACCGUACAAACAAUCGACGGAAAGCAAGUCGCCGUCCGCAGCGGCGGCCCCACCGGACCCGACUUCAUAGAGCGCUUCCCCAGCCUCGGCAUGCCCAAGAGCAAGAAGCCCAAUGAGCGCGGCGACUUCGUUGUCGGCGUGCGCAUCAAGUUCCCGAAGUCGCUCACGGGACAUCAAAAAGAGCAGCUCAAGCAGAUUCUGUGA